UCAAGCAGGCUCGCCCCCUCCCUCCCUCCCUCCCUCCCUCCCUCCCUCCCUCCCCUGCUCCCCCUCCUCUUUCCCGCUCGGCUCCCUCGCAGGCAAGGCAAAGGCGCGCGGGCUGCGGGGAGCGCGGGUGCGCCGGCGGCGGGUUCGCGUCCCUCCCUCUCCUCUCCUCCGCUCCACUCCUCCGUCCGCCCCCCGCGCUCUCCCCGCCCGCAUUGCUCGCUCCGGCGGCGGCGGGGCGAUCUCUGCUCCGGACCAGGCAUUCGGGGACGGGGGAUCGGGCGCCCAGGCUUGAAGUAUGGCAAGCAAAGAUGGUCUCUGCCAAGGAGCCAGCGAGCGCGAUGCCUGCGGGGCUGUCCGUCACCCUCGUACACUUCCUGUGCCUGGCGACCUGUCUCACGGCGCUCCCGGGACAGCUCAAAAAGGAGGAGAAAUUGUGGCCCGAGAAUUUCACGCGCAUCCUGGACCGUCUCCUGGAUGGUUAUGACAACAGGCUGCGUCCCGGAUUUGGGGGUUCUGUUACUGAAGUCAAAACAGAUAUCUAUGUCACCAGUUUUGGACCUGUUUCUGAUGUAGAGAUGGAGUACACGAUGGAUGUUUUCUUCCGUCAGACAUGGGUGGACAAAAGAUUAAGAUAUGAUGGUCCAAUUGAAAUCCUAAGACUUAACAACCUAAUGGUUACCAAAGUAUGGACACCGGACACUUUCUUCCGGAAUGGGAAAAAAUCUGUCUCUCAUAAUAUGACGGCUCCAAAUAAACUUUUUAGAAUUAUGAGAAAUGGCACCAUCCUGUAUACAAUGAGGCUCACCAUAAGCGCAGAGUGUCCUAUGAGGCUGGUGGAUUUCCCAAUGGAUGGCCAUGCUUGUCCUCUGAAAUUUGGGAGUUAUGCGUAUCCAAAGACCGAAAUGAUUUACACGUGGACAAAAGGACCUAAGAACUCUGUGGAAGUCCCUGAAGAGUCUUCCAGUUUAGUUCAGUAUGACCUGCUUGGGCAUACGGUAUCCAAUGAAACUGUUAAAUCUAUUACAGGGGAAUAUAUUGUCAUGACAGUGUACUUUCACCUCCGACGGAAAAUGGGUUAUUUUAUGAUACAGACCUAUAUCCCCUGCAUCAUGACUGUGAUCCUCUCCCAGGUUUCAUUUUGGAUCAAUAAGGAGUCUGUUCCAGCCAGAACUGUUUUUGGAAUAACCACAGUUUUGACCAUGACAACUCUAAGCAUCAGCGCAAGGCAUUCCUUACCCAAAGUUUCCUACGCCACAGCCAUGGACUGGUUCAUCGCGGUGUGUUUUGCAUUUGUAUUCUCUGCCCUGAUCGAGUUUGCGGCUGUCAACUAUUUCACAAACAUUCAAAUGGAAAAAGCCAAAAGGAAGGCUAUGAAAUCCAUCCCUGAAUUUCCAGCAACUCUCAUUCAGAGGGAAAACUGUGCAGAAGAGGCACCCACGAGUACAGACUCAAAUUCAAAUGUGAGAAAAAGAACUAAUACCACAGUACAACCAGAAGCAGAAAACGUGAAACGAAUUGACACAGGAAACAGUUCAAUGCCACUGCCUACAGUAACUCAGGGGCCUUCGGAUAUUAUGCCCCGAUCCCCUUCGGCAUCAAGUCCGAACCCGUUCAGUCGCUUUAGCAUUUCAGAAACAUUGGCUUCUGCAAGGGCGACACCUUCUGCCCCUCCUUCAACUCCAGUUCUAGCUGGAUACGUCCCUCAGCAAGCCACAGCUGGAUCUCCAGCAAUCCAUCAUUUGCUUGGAUCUAGACUGGAGCAGAUUCAGACAACAGCAAAUACUUUGGGAGCAUCUGCAAAGCCGUCGGCUGUCAACCCUUCUCCAGCUCCUCCACCCUUAAGUUCUGGCACCAGUAAGAUAGACAAAUAUGCACGCAUUUUGUUUCCUGUCACUUUUGGAGCUUUCAACAUGGUCUACUGGGUGGUGUAUCUAUCCAAGGACACCAUGGAAAAAUCAGAAAGUCUAAUGUAGUCUUGCUGCUAUGUAGUAGGGAUUUUUCUGAAAUUUAUUCUAAACACCUUUGAAUGCAGAGUUUCUUCUUUUAAAACUAUUUUUUAAAAAGGAAACCUUUAAUGCUAUUUUUAAAAAAGACCUCUGUGCUCGUUUUCCCAUGGUGAAGGGCAAAUGUUAUUAGGUAAAUUAACUCAGCAAAGAGGGGAAAGGGGGUAUGAACACUGUCUUCCGGUCAUUCUCUGAAAGGUACACCAUGAAGACAAAAUCCAGGGGGCCAAUGGGGAGAAUAAAGGUGAGUUACAGACCAGUUGCAGUGUAUGCAGAUGUGCAAGAGGUAUGAUUUGGUAGAAAUCUCUAUUUCUCGGUUUGCCUACCUAUAUCACUGUAUGCUCCAGUCUGAGUCAUGUCAGCUGUUACUUGGACAUUAUUUAGCCGGUAAAGUCCUUCCUUGAUAAAAUGCAUGAUAACUGGUAAUGAGGGGAAGGGCAUUUCACGCUGAGCAGUUUCAUAUGCACAGGUUACUAUGGGUCUGAACUAAGGACAGUAGAUCUUUAAAAGUCUUUGGGGAAAAUUUGUCUAGCAAAGUAGGAAUAUGAUCCAGGACAUUUAAGCACUUUCAGUGGACCCCAUGAGACUUUAAAAAUGCUUAAUUUGAACUGGAAAGUGUACCCUUUCCUAGCAAAACUGGCUCUCCUCUUCUUGAAACCAACUUGGUAGUAACAUGAUGCUACAUUGGGAGUAUGUACUCCAUAAUUUUUUUUUUUGUAUUGAUACCCUGUUGGUUUCAUAAUCACUUCUCAUUACCCUUGAACUAUUGUUUUGAAGAGUUUCCAAAGCAGGGAAUUUUUCCCUUCACUGUUUCCAUGCAUGUUCUUUUGUGUGUGUGAAAUAACAAUUUGACAUUCAUUUGUGCAGUGGUGAGAUCCAAAAAUUUUAGUAACAGGUUCCCAUGGUGGUGGGAUUCAAACUG